AUGCGCACGAUACGCCCAGCUUCGAGUCUGGCAUCAGUCUCUCUUCGGCCCCGGCCCAGAACAACCUUCAUCUGCCAUGCGUGCAUUCGGUCUCUAGGAAAACGAUAUGCGUCGACGUCAGCACCAACGGGCAGCGCAAUUGAAGCCCCGGAAAUCUACGAUGUCGUGUGCGUGGGCGGUGGACCGGCAGGACUGAGUUUACUUUCUGCGCUCCGAUCCUCCAAAGUGACAUCAGGUCUGAAAGUCGCGCUGGUCGAAGGCCAGGAUCUGAGUCGGACGCGAACGUGGCAGCUUCCGCGGGACCAGUUUUCGAAUCGGGUCAGUUCGUUGACGCCUGCGUCGGUGGGAUUCUUAAAGGACAUCGGAGCAUGGAAACACAUCGACACCGCGCGCGUGCAAGCGUACGACGAGAUGCAAGUAUGGGACGGCAUCACGGGGUCGAACAUCUCCUUCGACUGGCCCACGGGCUCGACCAGCAAGACCAUUGCCUACAUGUGCGAGAACCUCAAUCUGACACGGGGUCUCCUCGCCCAUCUCGACGAACUCGGCGGGUUCACGCUCUUGGACAACUCGCGCGUCGAGAAGAUUGAAACCGGCGAAGAAUACAGCUUCUCCUCCGCCGACAACAGUCUGAAUCUUACCGGAUGGCCUAUUGUUCAGCUAUCCAGCGGUAAACAACUCGCUGCGCGACUCCUCGUUGGCGCAGACGGCGCGAAUAGUCCCGUCCGAACGUUCGCGGGCAUCGAGAGCAGAGGAUGGGACUACGAACGACACGGUGUCGUGGCGACAAUCUCGUUGGAGGGACUCGAGCUGGACCUCUCUGACUUUUCGAAUACCGUCCCGGGAGGAGCAGGCAAAGCUACGCGCACAGCAUAUCAGCGGUUCCUCCCCACGGGCCCCGUCGCGCUGUUGCCCAUGCCCGGCCCCUUUGCGACGCUGGUGUGGUCGACGCUCCCGUCCCACGCGGCGCUGCUCAAGUCGCUGUCCCCGACUGAUUUUGUCGCCAUGGUCAAUGCGGCGUUCCGUCUGUCCCAUGUCGAUCUGGCGUACCUGCAUACCCUCUCGAGCGGGCAGCUUGAGGAAGUUUCCUGGCGCGAGAAACAUACGGCGUUUGACGUCGCCAAGAUCCCUGCCCGCGCCACGGGCGUCCAGGACGGCACGGUCCAGAGUUUUCCGCUGAGGAUGAGAAAUGCGGAUACGUAUACGGGGGAGAGAGUUGCUUUGGUGGGAGACGCAGCUCACACGACCCACCCUCUGGCCGGCCAGGGCCUCAACCAGGGCCAACUCGACAUCCAGUCCCUCGCACGCACCAUCACCUACGCCGUCGAGCACGGCCAGGACAUUGGCGCGCAGCUGUCCCUCGAGUCGUACAACGCCGAGCGCUACGCCGCGAACAACCUCAUGCUCGGCGUCGUCGACAAGAUCCACAAGCUGUACGCCACGUCCUUCGCGCCCGUCGUGGCGCUCCGCUCGCUCGGCCUCGGCGCGGUCAACCAGUUGGGUCCGCUCAAGCGGUUUUUUAUGGAGCAGGCUGCUGGGACUGGCAAGAGAUUGUGA